AUGGGGGAACCGUCAGGGGGGGGGGUCGACCAUGUUGAUGAAAGACGAGGGGAUGGAAACAGGGAAAAGGUGGAUGUGACAAGGAAAGUGGCCAAAGUGGAUGUCACAAGGAAAGUGCAAGGAAGGCUCCCUCAGCCAGAGCCUUCUUCCUUCGACCCUUCUCUUUGCCAAACAUGCCUCCCAGCCAUCACCACUCGACGUUCCGCUUACGCAGACACUAUACAAUGUACACUGUCGGACCCAUACUGGUGCGAUGCGCAUCACGGAUGCAACCACACACAACAGGCCGUCGUUCACCAGUAUCUCCAGCUGGCUAAGGUCACCAUCGAAGAGAAGCAGAAUGCCCAUAAGAGCUUCUUCCUGCGUGCGAAGAACACCGGUGUCGCUGCCGGAAAGGCGGCGGACCAGGAGAAGUGA